AUGACAUCAAAUAUUGCAGAGUCGUUGAAUGCUGUAACAAAAGAGGCAAGAGAGCUGCCAAUAUUUGAUCUAUUAGAGUGUAUGAGGACGCUUCUUGAACGUUGGACGAAAGAGAAGUUAUUGAAGGCAAUGAGUACUUUCACAUACCUUGGGUACAAAUUCAACAAAGAAUUGGAUGACAACAAUACAUUAUCUCAGAAACUAAGGGUGAGGGCUUCAACAGAUCAUAUACAUACUGUGUUAGAUGGUGUGAAGCGGUACAUUGUGUGUCUAGAAAACAAGAAAUGUAGCUGCGGACAAUUCCAACUUGAUGAACUUCCAUGUGCGCAUGCUUUGGCAGCAUUAAGGCAUAGGAAGGAAACAUACGAAAACUAUUGUUCUCCGUAUUACACAAGGAAGAGCCUUCUGCUUACCUAUGAAAUGCCAGUAAAUCCUCUUCCUGAUGAAAGCAAAUGGGAUGUGCCACAACAUAUUUUGGAUGAGGUAGUAAAGCCACCGGCGGGAGAUAAAAGGCAGCCAGGGAGAUCUCACAAGGAAAGAUAUAAAAUAUUUGAUGAAAUAAACUCAAAGAAGUACAAGGUGUCAUGUGAAAAUUGUGGAGGUGAAGGGCAUAACAAAAGAACUUGCAAGAAUGCGCCCAAAAAGAAAAGAAUAUCAUGUAGUUAG